AUGGGGAUUUUCAGCAAACAUGGUGCUAAGAAGCUGGGAAGAGCAAAAACGUUCACUGGAUGUUGGACGUGCAGAGGAAGAAAGGUUAAGUGUGAUCUUCGGCGUCCUCACUGCCAAAGAUGUGAGAAGUCCAAUUUACCCUGCGGUGGGUACGAUAUCAAACUCCGGUGGUCAAAACCUAUUCAGUUUGAUCCGUACGGUGUUCCAAUUCCACAAAGCUCUUCAGCGACAACGACGAACCUAUCAGGUAGUGUCGAUGAACCACAAUACCAACGACGGAAUAUCGAUUUUGUACGGUACGAAGAGGAGUAUGUGUUUCACGAAGACAUGGAUGACGAGUUGACCAUGUUACAUACACCUCCCAUAGAGAGAAUAAGUGAGGACAAAACAUGGAUCCUGAAGAAAUUCGGAGUCUUUAAAGGAACAGACAAGGUUGACAAACAGUACGCCCCAAGGAAAAAGCGCAACAGGAGGAAAGUCGCUAAAAAUCUGGAAAAUUCUGGUUCAAACUCCUCGUCUUCAUCACCAUCGUCUUCGACACCAUCCUCAUUAACGCAAGCAAAGCAAACUGAAGAAAAGCCAAAGAAUAGAGGGCAAAUCGGAACAGGCUUACCUUCUGCCACUGACGCAGUAUCACCGACACCAAAUCUCGUAGAUUACGACUGGAAUAACCUGAACAUAACAGGUUACGAAUGGAUCUCAAGCGAGCUUAGAGAUGAUGCGUUACUGUCAGCGGUGACCCUCCAAGGACAUCAUUUAGGCCAUUUUCAACCGCUCGAAGUUUCGUUAGAGGAAAAUCCUAGAAUUUUGGGCGAAGAACAACAGAUGGGCUCCAAGGAACACAGCCGUGGGAUUGAUCCUGGGAACCUAAAUGCAGUAACGUCGCCUGAGAAGGAAACUUCAGCAAAUGAUAAACUAUACCACCAGAACUUAAAACUACUGUUUCAAAAAAAUCCUUCCAACAGCGAAGAGCCUGAUCCUCAGGCAUUGAUCGAUGAUAUAUUUGUAAACAUAGAACCAAGAUCUCUACCGGCAUCUGAUUUGAACGAAGUCGCCUUAGCUCCCCCCAAUGACGACUCGCGCAUGCCCAAAUCCAUGCUGGAAGUCACAUCCCUUUCAUAUGACUUACCAUCCGAAUUGAUAGACAUUGUACCCAGAUCAGAUCUUACUGUGCAUGGUUUGGCGAGGUUCCUUUUGAACCACUAUUUCAAUGACGUGGCAGAUAAAAUGACUGUGGUAGUGCUCGAAAAAAAUCCAUGGAAAACUUUAUAUUUUCCUAGAGCCUUGAUGGCUUUGGGUGAUUUAUCAGGACUGGGUCAGUCCUCCAACUCGAGAAAUGCGCUUUUAAAUGCUCUGUUGGCUGUCUCAUGUUUUCAUUUACAAAGCAAGUACCCAAAGAAUUCUAAAUUACAAAAGUACUUCCUAAGCCUUGGUAUCGAGUUGAGAAACCAAGCUUCAAACUUUUUAAGACUAUGCUUAAACACAAAGUCAAGUAUACCUGAAAAAUAUAAAGAUGUUCUGACUGCAAUCUUAUCUAUGAACUCUAUCGAUGUCGUAUGGGGGACAAUGGCAGAUUGCCAACACCAUUUAGCCAUUUGCGAGGAUUUUGUUGAAUCGAGAAUGAAAUUAAGACCCAAUAUUUCUGAAAAGGCAAAGACCCUACAUCGGAUUUUUUCGUUUUUAAAAUUAAUACAAGACAGUACUGCCUUAGAUCGGGUCAGGGCCAAGGAAAUUGUUAUAUUACCAAGUGAAGAAGAUGAUCAAUACAAACCAUUAGACACGUCUACAGCUGCUGUGACUGCUGAUGCGACGAACAUUGACGUUAUGCAAGAAGGUUUAUUUAGAGAAGCUCUCAACGAAAACGACGGUAAAAUACACAUAGAGUUCAUCAAGGAUUCUGCUACAAACACUUCGGCUGAGUCCACCCCACAGUCUACUACGCCUCCUAUUUUCACUAAUAUAGCUACAGAAACUUACUAUAAUAAAUCCAACAUUUCUAAGCUGAUACCAAAGGGCGAUGAGAAGAUAAUCGGUACGGAUUCUCUUUAUGGUUUACCAAACUCUUUGAUAUUGCUAUUUUCAGAUUGUGUACGGAUAGUGAGGCAUAAUGAGUACUAUAAUUUAACGUACUUACCUGUACCAAGAAAAUUUAAUGAAUUGUCACUAAAUUUCGAAAAACGACUAUUAAAAUGGAAGUCGGAGUGGAAGUUUUAUGAAGAUACCCCUGAGGGGAAAAGCUUCAUCAAUCCAACGGUGGAAGCAAUAUACCACCAUACAAUGAGCUUUUACUUCAGUUUAAUUAUUUAUUAUUUCACCAUGGCAAGAAGUUUAAAUUGCCAAUUUCUGCAAAAUUAUGUGGCUAAAGUAUUGGAUCACCUAAACGCCAUGGAAGAGUUAGUGAACAAAAAGAAGGUGAAGAUCGUUCCCCUUAUUUGGCAAGGGUUUAUGGCAGGUUGCGCUUGUACCGAUGAAGACAGGCAGCAAGAGUUUAGAAGAUGGGCAGCAAAGUUGGCUGAAAGUGGGAUGGGUUCCUAUUGGGGAGCUAGACAAGUGAUGCUGGAGGUUUGGAGACGACGGAAGGACGACGAACCAGGCGACAAUUGGUACUCUAUUUAUAAAGAUUGGGAAAUGAACCUGAUGUUAUCAUGA